AUGCAGCAAGGCUCUACGCCACCGAUUCAAACACAUUAUUCUCCACAUUAUCAUCAAUAUCCUAUUGCUCCAACAUUAUCAGCAUCGUCAUCGUCGUCGCUUCUUGUGGCUCAAUAUUAUUCAUCGACAAAUAGUCCUCAAUCAAUUAAAUCUGCUGAUACAUCUGUAUACGGAUCUCAUGUAUCGCCGUCGAAAAGCUCGGCAUUUCCAAAUAUUUCAUCGGCAUCAUCACGUUCAAAUGAUGUAGAUUCACGUCGCUUAAUUUUGCUUAAUUUACCUAUUGAUCUUAUUCGAGAAUAUCUCGAACUUUAUUUGGAACAUUUAUCCGGCGAAGCCGAAAUCGAACGCAUCGAAUAUUCUAAUCUUGAAGAUACAACUGUAAUGGUCACUUUUAAAACUGAUCUCGAUCUGACGGAGGUACGGCGUCGUCAUGCAGGCCGGCCAAAAUUAAAUGAAUCUGAGAUUUCUAUCAUUGAAGUUACACCACCAGCAACUGUAAUGAUACGCAAUCUACCAUCAGAUAUAUCACGCGACGUACUCGAGUUGUAUUUUUCAAAUCGACGUCGUAGUAAUGGUGGUCAAGUUAUUGAUGUUACACUUUAUGAUGAACAUCAACAUGCACUGGUCACAUUUGCUGAUCAUAAAGACGUACGUCGAGUUAUUAAACAUGAACAUUUAAUACAUGGACAUCGUUUAGAUGUACGAAUUUAUUAUAAACACAUGGGCAUUGAACCGUUUAUCGAUGCAUCGAAUAUUGAUAAACAACCCGAUCCAAUACGUUAUCGUGCUUCUGAUGAUAGUCGCUAUUUGUUUUUACUUAAAAAUCGCCCAUUACUUGAAGAACUUCGUGAAAAAUUAAAACCAUUAAAUGCCACUGUUAGUCUACAAACCGAAGGUUCGUUAGAAGUAGUCUAUAAUGGUACACGUUCAACAGUUAAACGACGUUUACAAUGGGCGAAUGAUGUCGAAAAAUUUGUUGAAUCUUUUCUCAAUGACCGUCUUGCUAUUUACAAAGUCCCGUGGAAUAACCACAAAAUACCAGUCAUUACCUGUGAACAACUUGCCGAUCUUUCGCUGAAAGAUAAUACACGUCUUUUUCAAUUGAUACCUUCAGAAAAUCAGCCGGAUAAUAUAAAAGUAACAGCAUUAAAAGAUCAUCUCGAUCGAGCUCUCAACGAACUUACUGAUAUGUUGACAACAUCGAAGAUAACAACAAACAAUACGAUUCCUUUGAAUGAUGCAGUUUAUCGCAGUAAACCAUUUACGCCAGCACGUGAUCCAAAAGUAAAUAAUCAUCGUUCAUCAGUAUUCCUUCGUUCAUCGCCAUUGAGACGAAGCAUGCAUAAUGCUGAAUUACCGUCGUCACUGUCAAAAACAACAGUCGACGAUUAUAUUGAUAAUUUACGCUUAUAUCAACUUGAUCUACUUGCGAUGCGUUUUGUUGAUUUAGCACGACAUACGUAUCUAAAUUUAAGCAUUGAUAUCGACCGAACAGGCCGACGAGUUCAUCUAUGUGGUCCACCUGAUCAAGUCACUGUUUGUAAAAAUUAUUUUGAAUCUAUACUCAAUAGUCUAGUUCAUAGACAUUAUAAAAUAGGAAAAGAACUGGCAGUUUUUCUAUCGAAUCCUGAUACAGUCGAAUUGAUAAUUGGGAAUUUAGUAGUUGCGGAUCAUGUGUGUGCCUACGAAAUUGAACGUAUAAGUAAUAAUCAUCGGCGAAGUUCAGCAUCGCCAACAAGAAAUCUCAAUACGGUCGAUACAUUAUCAAAUAAUAACGGGAGUUACCAUCACAAACUUAUUCUCUAUAGUUUAACACGUGAUACUUGUGAUCAAGUUUAUGAUUUAAUUCGACGUGAUGUACACAUUAGCUCGAUAAUGCUCGAUAAAGAUGAUAAACGUUGUUUGACAAGUGACUCAUGGAAUGGACAUAUACGUGAUUUGUAUUCAAGUUCGGGUGGUUUUCGGCGUCGGCGUGUGCUGGUACAAGUCAAGCAAAACCAUUUGAAAUUAGUUGGUUUUAAACAAGAUGUUGAUAACAUGCGCAAACGUAUUAAUGAUUAUUUUGUUGAAAAUUCUAUUUCAUACUAUGAAUCAGAUUGA